UGCAGCGAUCGCAAGAAGGGUUCGCAUGGACUGCGAAAGAUGGCUUUCAGUAUGGAUUGACCACUACGGCCAUGGUUCCCUCAACCCCGAAGUCUGACCUUUCAUCGAGCUAUGAUGUUAUUGUCAUCGGUGCUGGAUUUGCUGGGCUCACUGUCGCCCGCGACCUUGCAUUCAAAGGAAAAAAGGUGCUCAUCAUUGAAGCUCGGGAUCGCAUUGGCGGUCGCUGCUGGACUGCGCAUACCGGAAAGGACAGCAAGGUUGAGAUUGGGGGCACAUGGGUGCACUGGCAACAACCUCAUGUCUUCAGCGAGCUGCAAAGAUAUGGCCUCGACGACUUUGAGGAAACUAUGGCUUUCCCUGAAAAUUGUGAAUCCACAGCCAAGGAAUCGCGGUCCCAACCAGCUAUAGUGUCAGAUCCUGCUGAGGGGCGAGUCAUGAUGGAGCAGCUCGAAGGACUCAUGUUGAAGUUCUUUGAUGUUGACGGACAAGGUGGGCGCAGUAUAAUUCCGUUCCCAUUCAGUACAGCGUCCAGUGUCAAACAGAAUCCGGAUUACCUUGAACUAGAUAAACUCAGUGUCAGCGAUCGUGUUGCGCAGCUCGAGGGUUGCACUCAAGAGCAACAGUCCAUGCUUAGCACGCAUGCCGCUUCAUUCUACGGCAUCGCGCCUGAAAAGGCUUCGUUUACGGAAGUGCUUCACACCCAUGCAUUAUGCAACUUCGAUCCUGCCAUGAUCGAGACAGCCACCAUGAAGUACAAGCUUGCAAAGGGUACCACUGCCUUUGCGCUAGCAAUCCUCGAGGACUACAAGGGCGAUAGAAUCUUUAACUCCCCCGUGACAUCAAUCACUCAGGGAGAUGGUGACUUUCCUGUUACUGUCACCCUCAGGAAUGGGGAGCAAUAUUUGUCCAAAACAGUCAUCUCGACCGUCCCCAUCAAUGUAAUAUCAUCAAUCGUCUUCGAUCCGCCCCUCUCCGCACUCAGAACGGAAGCUCUCUCCACUGGUGUAACUCCAGCAAGGGCAGACAAGCUCCUUGUAUGUACAUCAACCGAGUUGAAAAACGGGUUCAACGUUAGCUGCGAGGGAGGAGAUAUGCCGUAUGCAAGUGGCUUUACAGACGGAAGUCACGGCGACCAUACCCUUCUCACUUUGCUCGUGCAUCCUGAUAACAGCCUGGACCGCUCAGAUGAGAAUAUCCGUCUUGUGGAAAGUCUUCGCCCCGCGGGCAUUCAAGUCGAAACUGCUUAUGGCCAUCUCUGGUCAGAUGACCCAUACGCUGGCGGAGUAAUGCCAGUUCGAGGACCUGGAUUUUUGCAAAAGUACAACGAUGAAAUACGAAAACCACAUGGAAAUGUGUAUUUCUGUGGAUCGGACUUUGCAGAUGGCUGGCGCGGGUUCAUUUCAGGCGCCUUCGAGGACGCCUACCGAGUGACUAGAGAAAUAUUAAGACAGAACUAGUUCCAUGAAUUAUUCUAAGUUUGACCAGCAACUAAGCAAUAUGGAAC